CACGUUCUAGCAAAUUGUUCGCCUCACUUCUCUAGCAAUCCGUGACUUUUCAAGUUGUGUGGAAAACCUCCUGCGAGUGAAAGAUCUUAAAAAUUGUCUCAAAAAUCAUACCGUGCAUUCAAAACCAUCAUCAUUACGGACUCAGCGCCCAUAUUUCGUUUCGCUACGGUGUUGACGACAUUUCAGACGGACGUAGAGUGAGGAAUUGUAGUGCAUUUUGGAAGCAAAUAGUUCGGCAGCUGCAGAUUCAUCGUAGCAGUCAAAUCCUUCUCCGUACCAUUCAUCGGCCUCUCUCAUCCUCAUUGCGGUUGGAAGUGUGACGAAGCUUUCGUUUGUGCAUCUUCUGCCCACAUCCCCCCCAUACUUCGAGAGUACUGUUGUUUCCAUUGAUUAACACCAGCAAGGAUCGCCUGGAGCGGCGCCUAUCGUUUUAUAUGACUUUAGAAAGCGUACAAGAAACACCAGCACUCAAAGAGGCACCGCUUUCUCCCAUAUUAAGGAGUUUCAGUGGUACGACGUGCAUGAUUUCGCAUAGAAGCAGUAAAAGUCAUAGGACUUCAAAAUAUUCUAGCAAUAGACACCGGAAAUUACAGCCAUUCAGAGAAACGUGAAAAUUUUGAAGAAGAAAAAAAACUAGGCAUCUCUGUAAAUUUUUAAUUUAAAUCGUGUUAUAAGGCAUCCAAUUUUGUACUAUUCUUGCGCUAAACUGAGCAUCACUGUGAAAAACCCGCUUCUCUGAAUCGCGUAUGCUAAAAGCAGCGUUUUGCGGAUCUGGGAAGACAGUUUUAGGAAGGGGGGUUUUGGUGUACGUGAGAGAAAAGGAGAGUGGCAGGAAAAGCGUGUUUAUAAUUAAAGCCCCACCUGGAAAGUAAUAAUAAGCUCACUCUCUUAGCUUUGAGCACAUACAAGAGGUAGUUCAGGAUUGUAUACGGUUCAUCGAUAUCCCGUGUUCGACAGAGCUGCAAAAGGUUCGUUUAAACCGGCACCGCAAAAUCCAUCCCACCCGCGAACGGUCCGCUGGGGUAGCUUAUACGGAUACGCUAAAUUUCAAACACCCGACACCGCCUCAACAUCAUCAAACCUACAAAUGCUUUUGCUAGCAACAUCCUCCAGCAUACGAUUGGAAAACGCUGCAUUUGACGCCAAAACCGAUCUGCAGACCCGAACCGGUCCGAUCAGCAACGAUCGUCGCCAAGGUGAACAGAUGAAUUUGGACAGCUUGGAGCGACAGUGCCGUUGGUUUCGUUAAAAAAAACACACACACAACCUUUCCUUCCAACGACCACCAGCGAUCACACAAAGACGACGCACAUGUCUCGUUUGCCAUCGAGGAAGAAAUUUCUUGCAUGAAGUAAAAGGGGUUGAACACUGCGAAGCUCCGUAGCCGGAAGCUGCAAGCUGACUGAUUCGUGCCAGGUAACGGCCCAAGAUACGCCAUCACGGGAAAUCUGCUCCUCGUUGUGCUUCCUGUCCACUGGAGUAAGGAUUGUGGUUAAGUUGCGUCUUAUCGUGUCGUAAAAGCGCGUGCAGCCUUUCAGCACAUUCAAGUGUUCUCAAUUGUUGUUGUUCCAUUCGGCAAACAUGGCUACCGUGAACGUGAAUCGUAAUGUGACCGAUAUCUUCUACCGUUACAAGAUGCCUCGCAUCAAUGCAAAGGUGGAGGGUAAAGGAAAUGGCAUUAAAACGGUGAUCGUGAACAUGGCCGAGGUGGCUAGAGCUAUUGGUCGUCCUGCAACCUACCCGACGAAGUACUUCGGUUGCGAACUUGGAGCGCAAACUCAAUUCGACCAUAAGAAUGAACGCUUCAUUGUGAAUGGUUCGCACGAUGCUGCCAAGCUGCAGGAUCUGCUCGACGGUUUCAUCCGCAAGUUCGUCCUUUGUCCGGAGUGCGAUAAUCCGGAGACGGAUCUGCUGGUAUCGUCGAAGAAGGGUACCAUCUCGCAGGGUUGCAAGGCGUGUGGUUUUCACGGACCGCUCGAUGUGAACCACAAGGUGAACACGUUCAUUAUCAAGAACCCACCGAACGUAAACCCGGCAAGCCAGGGCGCAUCGUUGACCGAAGGUAAGCGUAGCAAGCGCACCAAGAAGGGUGAAAACGGGGACGACUCAACGGUCGGACUGAACACCACUAACGGUGGCAGCACAACGGAGAACGGUGGUGCCGAGACUAAUGGGGACGAGUCACCGAAUGGGUCGAUUGCGGGCGGCGCGGUUGGCGAGAACGGCGAGGACGAUGUGAACUGGACGGUGGACACGUCGGAGGAAGCGGUACGCGCUCGCAUGCAGGAUCUUACUGACGGUGCGAAGAAUAUGACCGUAUCGGACGAUUUCGAUAAGACGGAAAAGGAACGUAUCAACAUAUUCUACGAGCUGGUCAAGAAGAAGCGGGACGCGAACGAGCUGGACAACGUGCAGGUGCACAAGGAGCUCGUAACCGAAGCGAGCCGGCUCGACAUCCAGUCGAAGGCAACGCUCGUGCUGGUGGAGCUGCUGUUCACCGCCAACAUUACGCAGGAGGCCCGCAAGUACCGUAACCUGCUGCUGCGCUUUACCCACGAGGACAAGAAGGCGCAGAAGUACUUUAUGGGUGGGUUGGAGCAAAUGAUUUCCCUGCACGCGGACAAGCUGAUGGACAAGGUGCCCGGUAUACUGAAGCUGUUCUACGAUAGCGAUGUGCUGGACGAGAAGAUCAUACUGGACUGGUCGCAGAAGGUUAGCAAGAAGUACGUCUCGAAGGAGAUCGCCGCCCAGAUACACGAGCGCGCCAAACCCUUCAUCCAAUGGCUGCAGGAAGCGGAGGAAGAGGAGUCAUCCGAGGAGGAUGACGAUUCGGAUCUGGAAAUCGAGUACGAUGACCGCGCGAAGGUGGACUCGCUGCGCAAGGAACCGGCCAAACCGGACCCGAAGAAGCUGGCCAAGGCAUCGCUCGAGGAGGACGAUGAGGAUGGCGACGAUUUGAACAUCGACGAUAUCUAAAGCGUUUCGAGGGUUUUCGUAUCCACGACUCCGGUGUUUCUUGUGGCCGUGAUGUCAUUUGUUGCAGCAAAGCUUCAUCAGUGUAGUCAUUUUGAUGCAUUACGUUCAACACACACUGGGGUAGACCUAUCGCAUUCUUCUCUCGCAUGGUUACAUUGGCGCAGGAUUAAGUUUUCCGCUUUUAGUCGUUAUGAAUGACAUGCUGCUGCUACGGUAUUCUGUAGUAUGGCUAUGGUUUCUAAUCAUCUUUGAAUAAUCAUGGUUUAGGCGUUUUGCUGCAGAUUUAAUUCGUGUUUUUUUCUGGUUUUAUUUGCUUUAGUACACUUUUGGGUU